UCCUCGGGACGUCAGAUCUGGCGGGGGAAGAAUUCAGCAGACUUGGUGGAGAUUAAAACGCAGAGCAGACGCCGCCUCCAGCAGCCAGCAGCUCUGUAGAGUUUAGCAGAAGAAUUGAAAGAGCCCAGGAUGAGCAACAAAGAAGACCCGAGCAAGUGUUGUCCCGCAGCAGCUCCGCUCUCCAGUUUCACCAUCCAGUCCAUCCUAGGCAGCAGCACCUCGGAAGGAGGCAGGGAGCCCAGCUCCAAGCAGGCAGCCUCCGCCUCCGCUUGGCCGAGCAGGAAGAGGAGCCUCUCCAUAUCCUCCGAAGAAGAGGAGCCGGAUGAGAGCUGGAAACACCCCGCUUGCUUCUGCCCCGACUCGCAUGGUCCUAAAGAAACGUGCCACAAACACCAUCAACCCAUCAGUUUCACGUGUCUCAGCAACCCGAAGGGGAACGGCUCGGCGAUCAGUUCCGACCGGACGCCGCCUUUCCUUUCGCCGUCCCAGCCGGACUUCAAGGAAGAGAAAGAGAAGCACUUCGGGCCGAGCUCGCCGGCUUCGUCGGAGCGGCAGCGGGACGGCGCGGAGCGGCAGGCGAGCUCGGCCAAGAAGAAGACGCGCACGGUUUUCUCGCGGAGCCAAGUCUACCAGCUGGAGUCCACCUUCGACAUGAAGCGCUACCUGAGCAGCUCGGAGCGCGCCUGCCUGGCCUCCAGCUUGCAGCUGACAGAGACCCAGGUGAAAACCUGGUUUCAGAACCGCAGGAACAAAUGGAAACGGCAACUCUCGGCGGAACUGGAGGCGGCCAACAUGGCCCACGCCUCAGCCCAGACUCUCGUGGGGAUGCCCCUGGUUUUCAGAGACAACUCCCUCCUCAGAGUGCCGGUUCCCAGAUCCAUCGCCUUCCCGGCUCCCUUAUACUACCCAGGCAGCAAUUUGUCGGCCUUACCUCUUUAUAAUCUCUACAACAAGAUCGACUAUUGAACUGACGCAGCCGCUCCACCCACGACCUUUUCUUCACCCGCCCGCCUGUUAUUCAUAGGAAAGGAGAAAUGUGCUUCUUGCAUUGUUAAGAAAUACACCAUGUGUAUUCAUUAUUAUGAUGAUUAUUAUUUUUUUAAGGGAAAAAACCCCCAGACCAUUUUAUUUAUGGGAAUCCUCUCUGGGUUAGUUUUGUUCUGCUUGUUUUCUAGACUGCUCUAGAGAGCGUGUCACUUCCAGCCCUCUCUCCCUCGAGCCCCCUCCUCAAGCCAAUUUCUUUAGUCUGUCCUUUUCUGACAUAAUAACAACGUGACUUUCCGACCUUGAGCAGAACAGGAAACCCAACACAUCAACUCACGUUUAGAAAGAACCGCGCGGCUCUGUCUGCGUGUGCGCAGGUAGGAUAAAAACAGGGCGCUGGAGUGGCCAGCCAUUUUCGAGUCUCCCCUCGCCCGCCCUCACCGUUCCUUUUUGCCCUGAGUAUUAAUUAUAUCUGCGGGAAAUAAUAAAUAAUAAUAGUGUAUUUCAGAUCUGUACAUAUUUUUAAAAGAAAAUAAAGCAUUUUAAACAUCGUUGGUAACUUGGAUCAGAUUGCUUGUGUAUUUCAGUUGGCGUACCUCCCCGCCCCUAAAAUAAAUAAAUAAAUGUAUUUGGGUUUUAGGUGUGAAAAGUUGGGUGCGUUCUGCCCUCUGGGCCCCUCUCGCUGGAAGUUUGAAAAAAGAGGACAGUUUCAUCCAUGCAACGAUGGGGGGUUCUCUCUAGUUGAGGUCGCAUGAAAUCUCGAUUCAUCUCCAGCUGCGCUCCUGUCCAAAAACUGUGGCAAAUGUUACAGCGAAAUAAAUCCAAGAAUAGACGGGGAGCAUUGAUCAAAAUAAAGCUGAAAUAUUGAUAUAUUCGCCAUGCUGACAACGCUGCCAUUCCACGUUGUUUAUAGGCCAUACUGAAAAGAGUGGAGCUCACUUCCUCCUGCGGUUAGGAUCAGGAUUAAAGUCAGGAGAAAGACAUGCAGGAAGUUUUAAACUUAAGAUCACCAUUGUCAUUUAAGGAUAUUUAAUAAACAGCCAUUUUUGUAUGGGCUCAAACGAUCAAGAACCGAUAUUCCACAUUAGGUACCUCAUUUUUAAAAAGUUCAGGCUACACAGUCCAUUACUAAAUCCACCUGUAGUUACUGAAUUUACACAGGUAAAACGCAGAGGAAGGCAGCCCCGAUCCUGAUGGUUUUUAUUUGUAAUGGGGGUUCUGUUCACGUCAGGGGAACUUCCCUUCUCACUUCCGCCCCAAAAAUGUUCCCUGGGUCGCAGUCCUACCAUCCCGAGUCUAAGCACAUCUCCCGAAACUCUUAGUAGUUGCUGAGGUGUAAAAGAGGGAGACUCGGAAGAAAGUUCCACUGAGUUCAGUAAGACUUACUCCCAGGUAAGUCUGUAUUGGACAGCAUCCUUAUUUAGAAAGAAAAAAAAUCCAUUGAAAG